AUGAACGCUAAAUUAAUAGAGUUGAUUGAUGAAGAUUUUAAAAAUUUAUAUCCAGGAAAAGAAAAGGAAUUCGAAAAUAAGUGGCAAAAGUUUUUUUAUAAACUGAUAGAAUUAAAAAAAUCAGAAAUAAGAACUGAUGAUUGUAAAGAAAAAUUAUUAACUUCACUAUCUUCUAUGACAGAUGAUGAGCAUAAAAUUCCAUCGCAACUAAGAUUGAUGAUUCAUUUGGUGCCCCCUAAAGGCAGGAGCAGUCAAAAAAAGAAGUUUUCUAUUCAAGAAUGUAUGGAUAGUCUUAUAAUAAUAGUAGAAAAUCCUGGGGAUCUCACAAAAACCAUAGAAGAUCAAAAAAUAAAAGCAAAAAAGUUCCCUGUUCAACCAUAUAUAAUAUUAUUAGGCAGCCUACAGGACGUCAAGCAAUUGUACUUAGUGAUAGAUGAAAUAAGAAUGUCGCGACCGGUGAAUGAUAAAAUUAUCAAGGCUUACCUGCAGACUCUAGAACACUCUGAAGAUGAGAUGGAACCUUCUGAAGUCGAGAAAGUAGAUGAAGAAACCUGCUAUGUUAACAACCGUUUAGGCGCGAUUGGUCCAAUCGUGAAAAAAUUACAAAUUCGCGAUUAG